AAUACUGUACUUAGAAAACAAAUGAGCACUACUAGCAGGAAUUGGAAGCUUCUUACCUUUAUCUUAUUCAUGUUUAUCCGCACGCAUGCGGACCUCCCGGGGAGCUGGGAACUCCUCGUCCCGGACGCCGGGAUAGCCUCAAUGCACACUGCCGUCACCCACACCAACACCGUAAUCCUCCUGGACCGAACCAACAUCGGCCCGUCCCGCAAGCUCCUUCCCCCCCACCGCUGCCGCCACGACCCCAACGACCCCGUUCUCAAAGUAGACUGUUACGCUCACUCCGCCCUCCUCGACCUCACCACCAACUCCAUCCGACCCCUCAUGAUCCUCACCGACACCUGGUGCUCCUCCGGCCAAUUCCUCCCCGAUGGCACCCUCCUAAGCACCGGCGGCGACCUCGACGGAUUCACGAAAAUCCGCAAGUUCACCCCCUGUACCGAAAGUACUCCCAACUCUGCUUCUUCACUCUGUGACUGGCAGGAACUCGAAGAUAUUCAACUCUCACAAGGCAGAUGGUAUGCCACCAAUCAAAUUUUGCCGGACGGCUCCAUCAUCAUCAUCGGCGGUAGAGCUUCCCCUAGCGUAGAAUUUUAUCCACCUAGGAAAACCGGCGCAGUGAAUUUCCCCUUCCUUAACGAAGUCGAAGAUAAUCAAAUGGACAACCUUUACCCCUACGUUCACUUACUCCCCAACGGUCAUCUUUUCAUUUUUGCCAACAAUAAGGCCGUAAUGUACGACUACAACAGCCACAGCAUAGUCAAGAAUUAUCCGGUUUUGGAGGGGGGCCCGCGGAGCUAUCCCUCAGCUGGAUCAUCGGCGAUGCUGGCCUUAGCAGGUGAUUAUUCAUCUGCUACGGUAGUCGUCUGCGGUGGAGCCAAAUACGGGGCGUAUUUACACAGGACUACAGAUUCUCCUGCCAACGGGAGCUGCGGGAGGAUAGAGGCGACGCGGCCCGACCCGGUUUGGGAGAUGGAGGACAUGCCUUUCGCGAGAAUUAUGGGUGACAUGGUGGUCUUACCCACUGGCGAUGUCGUCAUCAUCAAUGGGGCUCAGGCAGGGACCCAAGGCUUCGAGUUGGCCUCCAAUCCCUGCUUAAACCCGGUUCUUUAUAGACCGGAUCAACCGGUUGGGCUCCGGUUUAUGACUUUGAACCCGGGUGUUGUGCCUAGGAUGUACCAUUCCACAGCCAACUUGUUGCCUGACGGGAGAAUUUUGAUCGCCGGGAGUAACCCGCAUUACUUUUACAACUUUAAAAGAGCGUUUCCAACGGAGCUGAGGAUUGAAUCUUUCUCGCCGGAAUAUCUAUCGGCGGAUAAGGCUAAUCUUCGACCGGUAUUUGUGGAAUUGCCGGAGAAGGUAGCUUACGGAGCAGCCUUCGACGCUGUAGUGACGGUGGAGCUGCCGGUGGUGGGAGUGGUGGAGGUGAAUAUGGCGAGUGCACCAUUCGCGACGCACUCUUUUUCACAGGGGCAGAGGCUUGUGAAGCUGUCGGUGACCAGCGCGAUACCUGAGGGACCCGGAAGAUACAGGAUUGGGUGUAUGGCUCCGCCUGACGGUCGGGUGGCGCCGCCUGGAUAUUAUAUGGUGUUUGCCGUUAAUCAAGGGGUCCCAAGUAUAGCGCAGUGGGUCCAUCUAGCAUCCUGAAAAUUAUGGGAUAUCUUUUUUUAUGGGUUAAAAUUUAUCAGUUGUUUUGGUCCAUUUCGUUCUAUAUCGAGGAGUUUUACAGGCAUCGUACGUAUUAAUUCACAGUUAAAUGUAUAAAACGAGAUAUCAAUACUUAAAUGGUGAAUUUAAAUUGUUGAAUAAUGUGGCCAGAACGGAUUGGAUUA